CGCUAAUAUAAUAAUAACAAUAAAAAAGUGCGUUGCAGAAAAAAAUUGUUGUAGUAGGGCAGCAGGGCAGGGAAGACGACUAAGUUGAAAGAGGAAGCAAUUCCUACCAUUGAAAAUGGGGAGUUGACAUUUGACUACUGUUCCACCGACUUUUCUUCUUUAAUUUUAUUAUUUGUUAUCCUAAAAUCAUACCUCCCACUUUUUUUGCCCAUAAAAUCCCCUACUACUCCCUUCCCCAACAACACACACCAGACCAGACAUGGAUGCACACCUACAGGUUGGCAAAAAUAUCGAUGACGAUGGUCGCGAAAAACGAACCGGGACUUUGGUAACGGCAAGCGCACACAUCAUUACGGCCGUGAUAGGAUCUGGAGUGCUGUCUCUGGCAUGGGCUAUUGCACAACUAGGGUGGGUUGCUGGACCGGCGGCUCUCAUGGCCUUCUCCUUCAUUACAUACUUCACCUCCACCCUCCUUGCCGAUGCCUAUCGAUCACCUGACCCUGUGUCCGGCAAGCGUAACUACACUUACAUGGAUGUUGUUCGAGCUAAUCUAGGAGGGAACAAGGUGCAAUUAUGUGGAAUAGCUCAGUAUGUAAAUCUUGUGGGCAUCACAAUCGGAUAUACAAUCACUGCUUCUAUCAGUAUGGUGGCCGUUAAGAAAUCCAACUGCUUCCAUUCGGAAGGGCACGCAGCAAGUUGUAAAUCGUCAAGCUAUCCGUACAUGAUAAUAUUUGCGGGAAUUCAGAUAAUAUUAAGUCAGAUUCCGAAUUUUGACAAGCUCUCAUGGCUCUCCAUGCUGGCUGCUGUCAUGUCUUUCGCGUACUCUUCCAUUGGCCUGGGCUUAUCCAUAGCUAAAGUUGUAGCAGGUGGUGGUGGUGUUGUAAGAACGAGUCUAACAGGAGUGCAAGUAGGAGUGGACGUCUCUGGACAAGAGAAAGUAUGGAGGACCUUUCAAGCUAUCGGUGACAUUGCUUUCGCUUAUGCUUAUUCCACUGUGCUCGUUGAGAUUCAGGACACCUUAAAAUCAUAUCCGCCAGAAAACAAGGUGAUGAAGAAGGCAUCGCUGGCAGGAGUCUCAACAACCACCGUCUUUUAUGUGCUUUGCGGGUGCCUUGGCUAUGCUGCAUUUGGAAAUGAUGCACCAGGAAACUUCCUCACUGGAUUUGGUUUCUAUGAACCCUUUUGGCUUAUUGACUUUGCCAACGUCUGCAUUGCUAUCCACCUUAUUGGUGCAUACCAAGUCUUCUGCCAACCUUUGUUCAGCUUCUUUGAGAUGAAAUGUAAACGAAGAUGGCCCAAUAGCAAGUUCAUAACCACAGAACACAUUCUUAAUGUUCCUUUUUAUGGAGAAUACUACAUUAACAUGUUUAGGUUGGUAUGGAGAACAACUUAUGUGAUAUUGACCGCAGUCAUAGCCAUGAUAUUUCCAUUCUUCAAUAGCUUCUUAGGGUUGAUAGGGGCAGGUUCUUUCUAUCCGUUGACUGUGUACUUCCCAAUAGAGAUAUACAUUGCUCGGGCCAAGAUUCAAAGGUUUUCCGUCACAUGGGUGUGGUUGAAAAUUCUGAGUUGGGUUUGCUUGGUCAUUUCAUUGGUUGCAGCAAUUGGAUCUGUUCAGGGAUUGCUAACAGAUGUCAAGAAAUAUAAACCCUUUGAGAUGGACUAGUUUCAUCAGAGCCUUUUUUUCCCAAGUCAAUGCAUUACAACUUGUUGAAGAUGAUCGAUUUCAAAGAAUAACAAAAUCAAAGUAGUAGUAUAGUUUCCACGUAUCAUGGUAACUAUUCUGACCAUGCUUCACCAGACCAGACCAGUGAAGAUCAGUCAAAGGAAACGAACACACAUUUAUUUUAUACAUGUUUGUAUGAAAUUAUUUAGUUUUCUACUUCUACACUUUUGCAUUAAUAUCUGCAUGUAGCCUUUCAUUCCAUGAGACCCAUGAUCCCAUGUUUAGAUUACAGUUUUGCAUUUCAUUUUGUGUUUAAGGUUCGUUCAAAGUAAGAAAGGAACCACAAAAAUUGUAGCAAAAAAAUUGUUUCUUCUUCUUUA